UUUUAUUUUAAUGGGAUGCACAAGCCAGGUGAUGUGAUGCUGGGUGGGCUGUUUCAGGUCCACUAUACCUCAGUCUUACCUGAGCCAUCGUUCACCUCAGAACCACAUCAGCUCAUCUGCCAAGGCUUUGACCCUCCAGGGUUCAGGCAUGCCAUGACCAUGGCCUUUGCUAUUGAUGAGAUCAACAAAAACUCCAACCUGCUACCUAAUGUGACUCUGGGAUACAGUCUUUAUGACAACUGUGCAACACUUGUAAUUGGAUUCAGUGCUGCAUUAUCAUUGGCCAGUGGUCGAGAAGAGCAGUUUCUACUCGAGGAGACUUGUUUGGGAACCCCUCCAGUCCUGGGGAUUGUGGGUGAUUCCUUCUCAACAUUUUCUAUUGCCACCUCUGACGUGAUAGGUUUAUUCAAACUGCCCAUUGUGAGUUAUUUUGCCACAUGUUCCUGCUUGAGUGAUCGGCAAAGGUUUCCAUCUUUCUUUAGAACAAUCCCCAGUGAUGCUUUUCAGGUGCGUGCCAUGAUUCAGAUUCUGAAACACUUUGGCUGGACUUGGGCAGGUCUGCUGGUCAGUGAUGAUGAUUAUGGACUCAAUGUUGCACGAUCCUUUCAAUCAGACCUGGCUCAGUCUGGUGGAGGUUGUCUAGCCUACUCAGAGAUUUUACCCUGGGGUGACAACUCAGCUGAAAUAAAGAGGAUUGUUACAGUGAUGAAGACAUCCACAGCUCGUGUGGUCAUUGUGUUUGCACAUCAAAUCCACAUGAUUCAACUUAUGGAAGAGGUGGUGAGGCAGAAUGUGACAGGCCUUCAGUGGAUGGCCAGUGAAGCCUGGACUGCAGCUGCUGUUCUCCAGACUCCACGUCUAAUGCCGUACCUGGGUGGCACUCUGGGCAUUGCCAUCCGCAGAGGAGAAAUACCAGGGCUCAGGGAUUUUCUGUUAAGAAUACGUCCUGACCUACAUGACAGUAAUAAUUUUGGCCAUAGCAUGGUGAGGCAGUUUUGGGAGCAGACGUUCCAGUGUAGAUUUGCUUCACCUCCAGCAGGUUGGAUGGAGGCUGGGGAAGAACCGUGCACUGGUGAUGAAGACCUAGAGAGUGUGGAGACUGAGUUUUUGGAUGUUUCUAACCUCAGGCCUGAGUACAAUAUUUACAAGGCUGUGUAUGCCCUGGCAUAUGCCCUUGAUAACAUGCUGCAGUGUGAGCCAGGGAGACGACCUUUCAGCAGGCACAGCUGUGCCACUCUGCAAACAUUGGAACCAUGGCAGCUCACAUAUUACUUGCAAAAGGUCAACUUCACUACACCAUUUGGUGAUCAAGUGUCAUUUGAUGAGAAUGGUGAUGCCUUACCAAUAUAUGAUAUCAUGAACUGGCUGUGGCUCCCUAAUGGAAGAACUAAAGUUCAGACUGUGGGGGUUGUUAGGAAGUUGGCCUCCAAAGGUGAAGAGCUCACACUUGAUGAAGACAAAAUCUUCUGGAACUUUGAAUUCAAACAGCCACCCCGAUCAGUGUGCAGAGAGAGCUGUCCUCCAGGAACUCGCAUGGCCAGGAAAAAGGGGCAGCCUGUGUGCUGUUUCGACUGUGUCCCUUGUUCUGAGGGAAAGAGCAGUAAUGAAACAGACUCCAUGGAGUGCACCAGUUGUCCAGAGGACUUCUGGUCCAGUGCCCAGCGAGACCACUGUGUUCCUAAGAAAACAGAGUUCCUGUCCUAUCAUGAGCCUCUGGGUAUCUGCUUGACAGCCGCCUCACUGCUGGGCACAUUUAUCUGUGCUGUUGUCCUUGUAAUCUUCAUCUAUCAUCGCAGUACACCUAUGGUACGUGCCAACAAUUCAGAACUGAGUUUUCUGCUCUUGGUGUCACUGAAGCUAUGUUUCCUGUGUUCUCUGCUGUUUAUUGGACGUCCCAGGCUGUGGACAUGCCAACUAAGACAUGCAGCAUUUGGGAUCAGUUUUGUGCUUUCUGUUUCUUGUAUUUUGGUAAAAACCAUGGUGGUUCUGGCUGUGUUCAAGGCUUCCAAGCCAGGAGGUGGAGCCAGCCUGAAAUGGUUUGGUCCUAUGCAGCAGAGAGGAACAGUUCUGGUUCUUACUUCUAUUCAGGCAGCAAUCUGCACUGCUUGGCUUGUCUCUUCCUCACCAGCUCCUCAUAAAAACACUCAAUACCACAAUGACAAGAUAGUUUAUGAGUGUGUAGUUGGGUCCACAAUUGGUUUUGCAGUGUUGCUAGGUUACAUUGGCUUACUGGCUAUCCUCAGCUUCCUGUUAGCAUUCCUGGCAAGGAAUCUUCCAGAUAACUUUAAUGAGGCCAAACUCAUCACUUUCAGCAUGCUGAUCUUCUGUGCAGUGUGGGUGGCCUUUGUCCCUGCUUACGUUAACUCUCCAGGAAAAUAUGCAGAUGCAGUUGAGGUAUUUGCCAUCCUGGCCUCCAGUUUUGGCCUCUUGGUGGCACUGUUUGGACCCAAAUGUUACAUUAUCCUGUUGAGACCAGAGAGGAACACAAAGAAAGCAAUCAUGGGUCGCGGAACUAAGUCAUAA